GCAUAACAGAUAUUUCUGUUAAGGGAUACAAGGUAGAUAAGUACUCUAAAACUGGUUGAGGAUCCCAAGUUGAUUGGUACUAAGGUCUUGACGGUCUCUGAUUGAAAAUUCCUUUAAUAACCGUUUUAGAAUAGUUUUAUCUGAGCUAUUUAUCUCAAAAUCAAAGCUAAUGCCCUCAUACUGUGAGUUACGUGUUGAGUAGGAGCAAAUGUUUUGAAAUUGAUCACUCAAAAAAAUUAAUGACUGCGUCUAAUGAAUACAAAAAAGGAAUAUAGCCUUUGCUUAUGCAAAAUUGCCACCACUUUUUUAAUUUCGAUGAAUACUGUCUCAAGGUAGAUGGACUAAGCGAUGCCUUGAUUGCUUGGAGCCGUCUUUCGGCAACUCCUCGUCUGAGAAAAGCUUCCCCGAUAAACUCCCAGCCUCCAGGGAAAGUGUUCUCCACAGUGGAUGGCAUCCCCUUGUCUACUGCUUCCGGUAUGACCUUGCUGAACGAAACCUCUCCUCCUCGUUUUCAUGCGAGAUUUGUUGUUGCUGGCGCCGGGAGUUGUUUAAAGACGACGGGACCCUCGACGGACCUGGCUUGGGCUCCAAUUUCUUAUAGACCGACUGGUUGGAAGAUGCUGAUCCUAGGGCUUUUUCCUUCUUCUUGAUUGAAAAGCCUAAUCGUUGAGCUUCACUUGCGGAUUUCCAUUGGUCCGGAAAUGUUUUUCCAAUAAAAAAUUUAUCAAUUG